GUUCUAGUUGCAGUCACUCUAUGCGACUGAAAGGUCUAUUCAGAUUGCCCACCUUAGAUAACCAUAACCAAACUCACUUAUAAAAGGCCUACCAGUUUAGCAUAUGAUGGAACAAUCACCACAGCCAAAACACUAAUCCUCUCUACUUGUACACUUGUUUAUACAAUUCCUAAGAGAAGAGAUGCACAAUACUGUUAUGUCCAAAACUUCCAUUUUUCUUGCUCAUGCACCGAUCUUCAUAAUAUUUUUACUACUAACCCAAUCCAGUUUUGUCCAAUCUGAUGCAAGUUUGAUCUCCAAUAUUUGUAAGCAGACACCGAACUACAAUCUUUGCGUCACUUCUCUUAACUCAGACCCAAGAAGCGCUAAAGCAGACACAACUGGGCUAGCACUCAUAAUGGUAGAUAUAAUCAAGGCUAGAGCAACAGCAUCACUGAACUUCAUCCGCCACCAAUAUCACAAGAGUCCAAGGCUAAAGAAACAGUUGACUUCUUGUGCCCAUGGAUAUGAUGCAAUUUUAACUCUGGAUAUACCGGAAGCCUAUGAAGCUUUGCAAAAGGGUGUGCCAAAAUUUGCUCAAGAUGCUGCUAAUGAUGCUGCCGUUGAGGCCAAUUCAUGUGAAGGUGGUUUCCAUGGAAACUCACCCAUGAAGAAAUUGAAUGUAUUGGUUCAUGAUACCUCUGCCGUUGCUUCUGCCGUUAUCCGGUUAUUGCUUUAAUCUUCUCUCUUGAAAAUUAUUUAAGAAGAUAUCCUAACUAAUUAAUAAAGGUGUCUUUGCUAAUUAUGCACUUGUAUUGGUUAAAUAUGAGAAUUCUAGUUUUUUCUUUUUUUGGAA